GGGCCAAAGCUAGUUCGUUCAAUCUAUCUUUUUGAGCUGAAGAAAAUAUGCCAAGCCCACCUAUCAGAACUGCUAAAGUCCCACUUGUUUUUUUUUUGCCUUGUUCCACUGAUAGCCAUGGGACUUUGGGUACGCAGAAUUCUGCAGCCAUUUGUUGGGAGUUCUUUCUGAAAGGAAACAUGGUUUUUGCAUUCUAGGUAAACAAGUAUAAGACUAGGAAAUGACUAAAUGUAGGUCCUAUCAAUUGUCCAGGGCAGUUGUCUGGAAAGAUAACUAUAAGACCAGGAAAAUGCUCCAUAUGAUUGAUUUCUCAGAGCAUGAGGAUGUGGCAUGUAGUGAAUUGUGAAGUGUUGGCCAUCAGUGAAAAGAUUGUAAUUUCUAUCUCUCCCUAAAACGUUUUGUUAGGCUGAAGUUAUCUUACAGGUGUAGCUUAUCAAUUACUCUGCUGCUAGUCUGAUUGGCCCUGCAGUGUACCACUGGUCUUGUAGAUUUGAGGAUGGUGUUGUUUCCUUUCUUGGUAUAUUAUGACUGCAAGAUAAUAUUAUAUUUGAGUUAUUGGUUCUAAAUUGGAUAUCAACGUAUAGGAGAAACACCUUAUGGACAGGUCUGGGUUGGUAUUAUCCAACUUCUGACAUGUUGCAGGACCCUGGUUGAACCACUCAGGGAAUGAUUACCAUUUACCAGUAUCAAAUAUCAUUAAUCAAGACUGGAAUUCUGAAGAAUAUGAUAUGUUUUCCUUAGUUUCCUGCUGUAUCUUGCAUUUUCAAUAUGUGAACACAGCCGUCUAGUAUCACAUGGUUGACAUAAUUAUGUGGAUUCUCGAAUACCUCACAUCUACGUAGAUUGAGACUUAACUUGGUUCAGGUAUCCACAUUAUUUCCAAUCAUUUGUAUUUGUUUGCAUCGGCCCUGGGAUUCUAUUUCUGUACAGCUGAUAAUGGUACAUAUAUCCAACAUACGCUCCAAAACCUUGGAUGCACUGCCUUCGAAUCUUUGCUGUUAGCUUAGAUAGCAUAUGUGCAGUAUCUUUGUUUCCAUUGUUUUCCAAUCUUUGCUGUUAGCUUAGAUAGCAUAUGUUCAGUCUCUCUGUUUCCAUUGUUUUCCCUUCUGUAGAGGAGUAUAAUCCAGCUAAACUUGAGCAUUCAUUAUUCGGGUCUGUCUCAUGUGGUAUAUAGAUUGAGGAGUCAAGGCUUCAGGAUGUACUCAGAUACCUGACGAGUGUUGCCAACUCUGAGAGCCCAGUUUUGGCCUCUAUUGCAGUGCAAGCUCUUGGUCAUAUUGGAUUACGGAUACCCUUACCACCAAUUCCUGAUAAUAACCGUUCAGGUGGCUUUGUUGACUUAAACUGCUUUUAUUGACUUCCACUCUCAAGUAUAAUCCGAUAACAUUCUCUCUCUGUAAAAUACCUGCAGCUCAUGUUCUUGAACUAUUGCAUGAGAAGCUGAGCAAGCUGCUUUCUGGUGACGAUACAAAAGCAAUCCAGAAAGUUGUUAUCUCCCUCGGACAUAUGUGUAUGAAGGAAACAUCACCGCCGACUCUUAAUCUCGCGCUUGAAUUGAUGUUUAAACUAUGUCGGUGCAAGGUGUGUAGAAACAUACCCUUGUACAUACAGCUUCAUGAUAACAUCUGGGGUAUUAGUUUUUGAAAUGCUUCUAUGACUUAUAAUAUGAUUUUCGGAUUACUUUCCCCUCCUUUUGUUUGUCUGAUAUGCCAGAUGCAUCUUGUUUAUUAUUCAUAAAAAGAGUAUUCAUUGAAUGUAUAGGAAACAAAAUAUUGUUUAUGUAGAACCUUAAUGUGAUUUAUAUUUUAUUUUCUGGCGAGAAAGAGUUCUUGCUCUUAUGUGACGCACUUCAAUAUGAGUGCCAUUCGUGUAAUUGUAGAGAAUUGCAAAAUCUGUUCCAUAGGAAUAAAUAUUUUCCUCAAUGCAACAGAUUUUCAUUUUUGGUUUCUGGAUAAUCGUAAAGGUACUUGAUACUCUACUUGUUUUUCAGGUUGAGGAUGUCUUGUUUGCUGCCGGGGAGGCUUUGUCAUUUCUGUGGGGUGGUGUCCCUGUCACAGCUGAUGUGAUUCUUAAAACAAACUACUCUUCUCUUUCCACAAGUUCAAACUUUCUUCUGGCAGAUAUUAGCUCAUCUUUUCCAGAUCAUGACACUUGUUCGAGAAUCGAAGAUAACGAGGAUUAUCAUGUCACAGUCAGAGAUGCAAUUGCUAAACAGCUCUUCAAUGUGCUUUUAUAUAGCAGCAGGAAAGAAGAGCGCUGUGCUGGAACUGUGUGGCUGCUGUCACUGACUAUGUAUUGUGGCCAUCACCCUGUCAUUCAACAGAUGCUUCCUCAAAUUCAGGUUGAUCCUUUGUCACUUGUGUAUGUGCUGUCUUCGUCCUGUGCCCCCACCACUCUUCCUUCUUCUCCCUUGUUUUCUUUGUCUCAAUCUGUUUGUAUUAGUUUCAUGUCAACUCUCAUUCUCAGUUUCCAAAAUUAUACCUGGAGUAAUGUGCCAUUUGUAGGAAACAAAGCUGUGCUAGAUUUCUGCGUAUCGAGUUUUCCUUUAAGUUAACAUGCCAUUACUGUUUUGAAAAAUGGUUUGACAAGAAUGAUGUGGCACUUUAUCUGUAGGCCUGCUUAGGUGCUAUCAGAAACAGACAUAGUAGACCACUGCUAUAUACUUGAUUAGGUCAUAAGAAACAACUAGACAAAACGUGGGAUCAAUUUUCAGGCCAACCUCACGUUCAAAAUGUUCUUAAGAAUUCUUGGUGUGCUAGACGAAUUGCCUCACAUGGCUGCUGACAACGUCCAAAAUGUCUUUCAGGAAGCAUUUUCUUACUUACUUGGUGAACAACAUGAACUAACACAAGACUUGGCAUCUCAAGGAAUGAGCGUCGUAUAUGAUCUUGGUGAUGCAUCGAUGAAGAAGAAUUUGGUAGCUGCACUAGUUAGCACUUUGACUGGUUCGGGGAAGAGGAAAAGAGCCAUCAAGCUGGAAGGAGAUACUGAAAUUUUUCAUGAGGGAACUAUCGGUGAAAGUCCUACUGGGGGGAAACUUAGCACUUACAAGGAGCUUUGCAGUCUUGCAACUGAGAUGGGCCAACCAGACUUGGUUUAUAAGUUCAUGGAUCUUGCUAAUCAUCAAGCAUCCCUAAACUCUAAAAGGGGGGCUGCUUUUGGAUUCUCGAAGAUAGCCAAGCAAGCUGGGGAUGCUCUCCAACCCCAUUUACGAUUACUAGUCCCAAGGCUGAUUAGAUAUCAGUAUGAUCCUGAUAAAAACGUGCAGGAUGCUAUGGCACACAUAUGGAAGUCACUGGUGGCUGAACCGAAGGUAACCAUUGAUCAACAUCUGGACCUUAUUUUUGACGAUUUGAUAAGUCAGAGCGGAUCUAGGCUUUGGCGUUCACGUGAGGCCUCCUGUCACGCCCUUGCAGAUAUUAUCCAAGGGCGGCCAUACAGUCAGGUAGGCAAGCAUUUGAAGGAAAUAUGGACAGUAGCAUUUCGUACCAUGGAUGACAUAAAAGAGACUGUACGAAAUGCUGGGGACAAGUUAUGUCGUGUUGCAACUACGUUGACUUUGAGGCUAUGUGACAUUUCCCUCACUGAAAUAUCAAAUGCCAGCAAAGCAAUGGAAACCGUUCUACCUUUGUUGCUCACCGAAGGCAUGCUAAGUAAAGUUGAUAGCGUCAGAAAGGCUUCAAUUGGAGUUGUUAUGAAGCUUGCAAAGGGUGCAGGCGUUGCACUUCGUCCACAUCUGCCUGAUUUAGUUUGCUGCAUGCUGGAAAGUUUGUCUAGUCUUGAGGACCAAGGUCUCAAUUAUGUUGAGCUUCAUGCCGCUAAUGUUGGAAUCCAGACAGAAAAACUGGAGAGUUUGCGAAUUUCAAUAGCAAGAAGCUCCCCUAUGUGGGAAACUCUAGAUCUCUGCAUUAACGUUUUGAAUGCAGAGUCAUUAGAUCUUUUAGUGCGACGUGUUGCUCAUUUGGUCAGAUCAGGGGUUGGCCUCAAUACUAGGGUUGGUGUAGCCAACUUCAUCAGCCUAUUAGUUCCCAAAGUUGGUGCAGAGAUAAAGCCAUUCACGGGCAUGUUAUUGAGGCCGUUAUUUCCAGCUGUUCAGGCGGAGAGAAGCGUUGCUGCAAAGCGUGCAUUUGCAAAUGCUUGUGCUGCUGUUUUGAAACAUUCAGGUUCUUCUGAGGCCCAAAAGUUAAUUGAAGACACAGUUGCUUUGCAUGUUGGUGAUAAAAAUGCACAAAUCUCUUGUGCUGUUCUGUUGAAGAGCUUUUUGUCUGGGGCAUCUGAUGUUAUGAGUGGAUACCAUGCAACUGUGGUUCCUAUCAUUUUCAUUUCAAGAUUUGAGGACGACAAGCAGAUUUCUGGAAUAUAUGAGGAAUUGUGGGAGGACACCACUAGUGGGGAACGUGUAACCCUCCAACUGUAUUUGGAAGAGAUCCUUUCUCUUGUCAGUGAGGGGCUUGUAUCAUCAUCAUGGUCAAGUAAACGAAAGUCUGCCCAAGCAAUUGUGAAGCUUACUGAAGUCUUGGGUGAAUUAUUGUCUUCUCAUCAACGCAUUCUACUUGAAUCUCUUAUGAAAGAGCUUCCUGGUCGUAUCUGGGAGGGGAAGGAUGCUCUUCUGGAUGCCCUUGGUGCACUUUGUACCUCUUGCCACAAUGCAAUUUCCUCUGAAAAUCCCGCGACAGCAAAUGACAUUCUUCUUAUUGUAUCUUCUGCAUGCACUAAAAAAUCGAAGAAAUAUCGUGAAGCUGCAUUCUCGUCACUUGACCAGGUACCUUAUAAUAUUCCUGCAGCAAAUUUCACUGAAGUUCUUUAUUUCUUUAGACACAGUAGUGCUUGGGGACCCUCAACAUGUUUAGCAUGUGGGGAUCUUCUGGGAUUUAACUUUAGCUGUGUAGAUUUUAUACAUAUUUGGGAUGUGGACGACUCCUUAUCUUAACUAUUCGUUCUUUUAUGAAGAUUGUUCAUAAACACAUUUAUCAGCUAUGUAUUUUAUCCCUUUCUAGUAGUUAGUCCAAAUCCAUCCAAAUAUGUAAUUAGUGGGGUUCCCUCAUCCCUGGUUAACACAUCCUUGUUGACUCACUUGCCUAGUAUUCUGGACAUUCCUUUCCCCCCUUCAAUCCUACUCCCAAGACCCUCCUUCCCUGUCAUUACCUAUGGACUCACUUUGUUUCUUGCAGCUUAACUAGACUAGAUUGAUUUGAAAGAAAAAGAGGAUUCCAGCAUGCCAUGCGAGUCGCAAGGGUGCGGUAACCAAGGACGAGUGCACUUCAGUUUUGGAUAAAAAAUUUAAUUGGGGGAUUAAGUGGAUGAAGGACUUGGUUUAUGAAUUUGUUAGGAAUCAUAGUAAUCGAACAUCUUAGUAAAAAUUUUGAACGGCA